AUGUCCAACAAUUUAAAUCUACAAACUAUACCUACAGAAUCUCUUGAUCUUGCUCUCAUUCUACAUAGUAGAAUUGAGUUGAAAACAUGGACUGGAGAUGUAAAAGCUGAAAUUAAAAGUUUUUAUGAUGCAAUUGAACAUGCUUUACAAGAUACUUCACUAGAUAUUCAAAAACAAGAAAAACUAGAACAUUUAAAGGAAAUGCCUGAAGAUGCG